UUUCAGGUUGCGCCUGAGUAAGCACAGGACGGUCUCUUUUGCUCGGCCACCAUGGGUAUCGAUAUCCGCCACAACAAGGACCGAAAGGCCAGGAGGAAAGCAUGCAAGACAGACGAUAUCUAUCUUCGUCUGUUGGUCAAGCUUUACCGUUUCCUGGUCCGUAGGACAAAUUCUGGAUUCAACAAAGUUGUUCUGAAGCGUCUCUUCAUGAGCAGAACCAACCGACCACCAAUCUCUUUGGCUCGUGUGGUUCGUAACAUGAAGAAAAAGGAACGUGAUGGCAAGACUGCUGUUAUUAUUGGAACGAUCACUGACGAUCAAAGAAUAUUCCAAAUCCCGAAGAUGAAGGUCUGUGCUCUUCGAAUCACUACCGGUGCUCGAGCUCGUAUCUUGAAAGCUGGGGGAGAAAUAAUGACGUUGGACCAACUAGCAAUGCAGGCACCGAAGGGACAGAACACUGUCCUAAUGCAAGGACCAAGAAAGGGCCGCAAGGUGUACAAGCAUUUCGGAUUGGCACCAGGUGUUCCCCACAGCCGAACCAAGCCAUACGUUCGCUCUAGUGGACGUAAGUUCGAACGCGCCAGAGGACGCAGAAAGAGUCGUGGAUACAAGAAAUAAUGUGGAUGUAUUCUAUUACAUCACAAUAUCGAUUAUGUGGUAAUAAUAAAAUUCACUUACAAUGGAA